CUGCCUCAGUACCCACAUUCCACCAUUCUUGCCUGCCCACGACCUUUCUCUCCAUGCUUGUUGAUGAAUAAUUGAUGCCUUCAUAACUUGAAGGGCGUAAUAUCUCACCCUGCUCAUCCAUCUCUAGCUCCAUGAAUUUGGUCUGCAGUUGCUCAAAGGGGGCAAGAUUGUCAUCUUCAUAUCCUCUGAUUGCGGCUGCCUGUUUUCGGAAUCUUCGCAUCGAAAUCAAAGCCCGGAUGGGGUGAGAAUCCAGCCAUCUGAAUUUCUCUCCCCCAAUAGAACAAUCAACUCAUAAAUCCCAAGUUUUCAACAUUUUUUGCACCUCCUUCUUUCUCCCGCUACCAAAAUUUUCAUCUAGAUCGACGGGGCGACCAUCGGCUUCUAAACUUUUCGAGCAAGAUGGUUUUCACAAAGGAAACAAGCACCUCUACCCAUAACCUCUGCCUCCCAACUCCCGCGGGAGAACACGCAACUUCUUCACAGCUUUCAGAAACUCUCCUCCGUUCCUAAAACCGAAGUGAAAGAUCUCUUGCACCAGUAGUGAAGUUAUGAAUCAAGAUGGAUGGUCGUGAUUUCAUACCUGAUCCAUGUACCCCUAGAGGCCGUUUGAAUUCGAGUUACUGCACUGUUCGGCGGUCGUCUGAAGAAAGAUCGGCCUCCCGGUGACCUCUCUAGCGUUACUGGCUUCCUGCCCUGCUGCCGACCGGUAUUCUAGCCUUCUAUUAAUCUCCAACGUCUCCGUGACCAUCUGCAUUCCAGGAUCUCAAAACAAACAACACUAGCAAACAAUGUUCUUGUUAUCAAAAAGUGGAUAGAAUGGACUGUACGCGACACAAAAAUAAGCAGAAUACAGAACAGAAGGAAAACAUCGAACAGAACAGGUUGCUGAACAGACAAAAGUGAAACAAACACAGGAAGGAAGGGACGUGGUAUUUCAUUCCUAAAAUCAGACUGAAACCACCAUUGACAAGAUAAACAGGACAGUGUUGUCAUGGGUAGGACGUCAUGUCCAUUUUGUCCGAGGAGAUAAUUAUCAAACAACCAAACGAGCUUUGACACAUUUCACCAAAGCUCCAAACCACCACCAUUUGGACAUAUAUUUACUCUGUCGACAAUGGCUGCCUUGGACAACCAAAGAAUCGAGGUACCCGGAACUGUGAAAUUCAACGUGGGUGGUCGACUCUUCGAGACCACGCUUCCCACCAUUCAAUCCGGGGGCCUCGAAUCCCUCCUUUCUGUUCUUGCCUCCACAACCGCUGAAUGGCCAACCUUCAUCGACCGCGACCCUGGCAUCUUCUCCAUAUUACUCUCCCUCCUCCGCACCAACCACCUCCCUGCCUCUUUUUCCGGCAAUUUCACCAUCCGCGAGCUCGUGGAAGAGGCCUCCUUCUACGGCAUCGAGUCCAUUCUCCACUCUGCCCUUUCUCCUCCACCGCUCAAUGGCAUCGACGCCGCCGUUUCAACCGUCAUUUCCCACAGAAUGCGAGCCCCACCAUCCACUUUCGCCGUCUUCGAUGAUAGCACCGAUGACAGAUCCCUCCUCAUCGCUCACGCCGGUAGGAUCUCCGCCUUCGAUUGGUCGCUCUCCCCAGCCGGAACCCUUCGCACCCACUUGGACCGGAUCACUUCUCUUUCCCCCGUCCGAUCGGAAACUACUGCAAUCGGGUCAACAGAUGACCCAGGCCUACACUUCUACAAUCUGGCCACUAGGCGCCAUGCUGGUUCGGUCUACUGGACAGACCCCACGGAUCUCCGAGUCCAGAAGGCAUGGAUCACGGCCGUGUCACCGUCACCGGCCGGCACCGUCUUUGCCGGUUUCGAGUCGCCCCAUAUGGAAAAUUGCAUUCUUGCAGUUGAUCCCAUCACACUUCGGCCUGUGGCAGAGCUAGAGAGACGUUCUAGGAGCUCUGCCCGGACCAUGGCCCCAACAAAGUUGCGGUUCUUGCCGGAAUCCGGCGUGUUGAUGGCAAGCGCUGUGAGCUCCGGCGCCUUUGGUUAUUGCGGGUACGUCCGGAUAUUGGAUCCACGAGUUGGGUCAGUCGUCUGGGAGACCGCUGAACCGGGUUCGGGUCGGGCUAGUCGCUAUGGCGAUCCACUUAUUGAUGCGGACGCAGACGAUGACUUGCGGGCCAUCUACAAGGUUUGUUCGAAAUCGGGUGACGUGGCAUUCGCUGAUUUGCGGAAGCUGGGUGAGGGGGACCCAUGGGUCUACUUGGAAGAGAAGAACACCAACUUGAGGAAUUGCGGGUCGGGUCAAGGGAGCUCCAUUUGCUGUUACCAGAGGCAAGUGUUUGUGAGCAGGAAUGGAGGGGAAUUGGAGGUGUGGUCCGGACAGAGUAAAUGGAUCGGGUCACACCGGCGGAACCUUGUCGAUAAAUUGUCGCCGGAAAAGGGCUUGAUCGUAAAGAUGGCCGGUGGCAGCAACCGGCUGUUCGUAAGCCGGCAAGGCCUUGAAGGUGUGGAAGUAUGGGAGAGCAAAAAUGGAUCUGGUUGCAUUAGGUGUUAGGUCAUCCAAUUCUUACAUUGUAAGAAAGUGGAGCUCAAGCCCACCCUCUUCAGUUUGUUUGGCUCGUUUACUUGCCUUAAUUAUGUAUGUAUGGUUGUAGUACAAAAUAAUAAGCAAUUUCAGGGGUUAAUUAUGUCCCUUUUA